AUGAAGAUCCUUGAUUCCCUUAUCACAGGUCUACUACUUGCCGGUACUGCCAGUAUCGUCAGCGCAGCUCCCAUCGCCGUUCAGCCCAACCUCGAACCCAACAGCCUCUCUUCCCGACCCGCCACACCAGGCGACAUCAGCUCGACAUACUGCGAUGUAUACCCAGACGUGUUCCCCUGCUCCGAGUUCUGCAAAGGCAACCAGCUCGCAGAUUUUUGCAGACCCGAGUGGUGUAAACACAAUCCUGGACACUGGACUUGCGUGCCCAAGUAUAUUGAUGGGAACGACAAUGGCGACUCUUAA